AUGGCGAGAGAAACGUCCAUGGCAGACGUGGGAGGACGGGCACAACCUUCUCGUUGUGAAUUUCAUCACGUGAGGAAGGUUGUAUUGAGGAACGAGCCCUGGGACUGCAAGAUCGGACGAGAUCGAAACCUCUACGUUGCUGAAGUUUCCAGAAAUAGAAUCAUCGUGUUGAACAAGUCCACCGGCAGAGCAACGGAGUCGAUAGCAUACCGGACCGAGAGCGACUGCUUUCGUGGUCCGACUUCGAUCUCGAUCAAUGAGCAGGGAAGCAUGUUUGUUGCCGACAGUGGUAGUGGAGUCAUCCGGGUAUUUCAGGGAGAACCCCUCUCCUGCUUGAGUCUCGGCAGGCUGCAGCCGCGGAAGCGACGACACAUUCCUACCCCAGGAAACUUCUCCUUUCCUCACAUGGUUUCAACUGUUGAUGACAUGGUUUGGGUCUGCGAUCCCGAGAGCUGCUGUGUGCAAGCUCUGUACCUCAACGGGACCUGCAAGUAUCUCAUCCAUGCCAACUUGACAGGGAUGCGAGUGAAAGUGCCGGAAGAUGGCUCGUUUGUGAGAUGGAGAGAUCUACCCAUGAACCUCUCUCAGGAAGUGAGUGAAGUCAUUCUUGGACCUGAAGAUGACUUUGGGUUGAAAGUCAAACCAAGUAGCGGAAGCGUAUCAGAUGAUUUCAACGACUUUGCGAUUACCCAAUGCACGGACAGCGGGAAUCAUGUCUUGAGAUUUUUCAAUGCAACCAACGGAGCUGAGCUCGGAGCGGCCGUUGGCGGCUGGGGCAGAUUUGUCGGCGAAUUGAACUACCCGACAGGCCUCGCGAUGCGAUCAGAUGGAGUCUUGCUCGUGGCGGAGUCAAGGAACAGGAGGAUCCAGGCGUUCGAGAUGACAAGGGAAGGCGUGAGAUGGCUGGGGUCGUCAUGCGAGAGAUACAUGACGAGCGUGACGAAUAUCUGCUGGGAUGACAACAUGAAGGACAUUUGGGCCUGCGACCCUAAAGCCAAGUCCGUUAGGAACCUGCGGCUGAGCAUACAAGGUGUUGGAGGAAAAUCCGAGAGCUUGAAGAAGCAACCAAAGCAGCCCAGGAAGCAACAACAUCAACGACAUAUAUAG